GAUGAUGCGAAUGUAGUUUAGUGUCGCUUGCUGAAGACGCAGGAGAGAGAAGGGGAUGACUGCGUUGAUGCUAGCUCGGAAAUCCCUCAGCGCUCUGCGUGCCCGACAAUUGGUCACCAUCGGCCAAGCUUUACCAGGUUCACAACAUUACGGACGAUCAUUUGGAUGCCAUUUUUAUACAACAAAACGAAAAGAUCUAAUUGAUGAUGAGGAAAGAGAGAAGCUCGCAAAGGAGAUAUCCAAGGAUUGGAGUUUGGUUUUCGAGAGAAGUAUUAAUACACUUUUUUUAACGGAGUUGGUGCGGGGUCUCAUGCUGACGCUCAAGUAUUUCUUUGAUAGGAAAGUUACCAUUAACUACCCAUUCGAGAAGGGUCCGUUGAGUCCACGAUUUCGAGGGGAACACGCCCUUCGUCGCUAUCCAACUGGAGAGGAGCGCUGCAUUGCUUGUAAGCUAUGCGAAGCAAUAUGCCCUGCUCAAGCGAUCACUAUUGAAGCUGAGGAGAGAGAAGAUGGUAGCCGUCGAACAACACGAUAUGACAUAGACAUGACUAAAUGCAUAUAUUGCGGGUUAUGCCAAGAGGCAUGUCCUGUGGAUGCUAUUGUUGAAGGCCCUAAUUUUGAAUUUGCCACAGAGACACAUGAGGAGUUGUUGUAUGACAAGGAGAAACUUCUGGAGAAUGGUGAUAGAUGGGAAACAGAAAUAGCAGAGAACUUGAGAUCUGAGAGCCUCUACCGUUGAGCAAUUUGAGUAAGGAGGGUCCUUAUUGUUUUGAGACUGCAUACAGAUAUGGUGUGCCCUUUGUUUGACAGGAACAGCGAAGCCUUGUUUUUAUUAUAUUUUUGUGGUUUGAACUGUAUGUUUUGUUGAUGGAGCUGACUCUCAUCAUGCGUUUGCUGAGGCAACGAAUAAGAAAACAUGGUGUUACUAUUGGCUCUCUC